GUGCGCGUACUCCGAGCAAAGCUAGCCGCCGCCAAGGCCCAGGCCCAAGCAAAGGCUGCAGAGGCCAAAGCACAAGCUGCUGAUGCGGAGGCUGAAGCCAAAGGGGAUGCAGAAGAACAGAAGGAGGCCGAAGACCAAGCGGCCGAAGAGGAGCAGAAGGCGGAGGCUGCGGAAGAUCAGAAGCCAGAGGCAAAGCCCGAAGUCGCUGAAGAUGACAAGGUUGAAGCCGAAGAAGACAAGGAGAAAGCUGCGCAGGAUGAGCCUCGAGAAGAUGAGAAGCAAGAGGUGAACGCCGAAGAGGAGAAGCACAAGGACGAGGCUGCGCAGGUGCCUGAAGCGAAGCAAGAGGAGGAACAGGCCACGCCCGCGACAGCAAAGGACUCCAAGGAGCCCGGUGAGCAACAGCCACCCUGCCAAGAGCAGCCGGACGCCUCGAAGACACAGGAGCUACCGACAGGACUUGCGAGCAUCCUGGGUGAAGGUGAAGCCGCCGGCUUGCCACCGACACCCGCACAGAUCCCUGGCACACCUGUGUUCGCCGGCCUUGUAAAAGCACCCGGCCGCGAAGCGCCGGCUGCCAUUGCAGCCGCGGGCCACGCAGUGCAGCGCGCUUAUGCUGGACCCGUGUCCCGGUGGAUGAUCUCGCUCAGCGUGCCGGCCAUGCAGCACUACGUCUUCAAGCAUCCCCAGGUGGUAGACAUGACGGACCACAAGCUCUGGAAGUACACCGAGUCGUUCGCGGCAAAGGCCGAUCUUGAAACAGUGAAGAUCAGCACCUUCCUGUCCUCGCUGGAGCGGCGCUUCGGGGAACAACUUCAGGAGCGAAAGCCACGUCAGAGCCCGAUCGGGCAAUUAGGUACCAUUCGCAUCCUGAAGACGUGCCUCAACCAGCGAAUGCAGCGGCAGCGGCAGCAGCAGGAGCAACAGCCGGAGCCAGAGCCAGAGGAGGAAGAACCAGCGGAGGCAGCUGAUGGCAAGAAGUCCAAGGUCAAGAAGAAGGCCAAGGCCAAGCCCAAGCCAAAGGUAAAAGGCAUGGAGUGUCAGAAGGAGCGGCGGAUGAUCGAGCCGGCCAGCAAGAAGAAAAAAACCACCCCGGAGGAGGAUCCCGAACACGUCUCUAUCGAGGAGCGGGAUGAUUUGGUCUGGGCCGUCCGUGUCCUGGCACCCUUCGGGAUGACGGAGAUCCCACUGCAUCCGCACCAGGGUGGCGAGCUGGUCGUCAAGCCUCCUGUGGGCCAGGUUGGGAGUUUCGCUCAGCUUGCGGACGUCGCGCUUAUGCCAAGCUCAACCUACCUAUGA